AUGGCUGGCAACGCUCAAGAAGGGGGCACCAAGAUGGGCGCUUCUACGGUGUUCCAGACGGCACAGAUGGAAAAUGCAAGGAUGUUCAAGAGGCAAUCGUCGGUUACCACGAAGGGGUUGCUGGCAGCAACAACGGAAGCGGAUGAAAAUUCUGCCGAUGCUGCAAGCGACGGUGAUGUUGUGGACGAAUUCGGCGAGGUUACUCUUCAAGAAGAAGCUCAAAGGAGGCUUGCCGAGGCGGGAGCAAUCACCAUCCUUAGCUGCGAUGACGUUGUGAAAAAUCAUGAAGUUCUCGAGAAGGUUCUAGACAAGGAUGCGGGAUUUGAAUACAAGAGGAGUCUAGACGGGUAUGAUUGUAUUGAAACAUUGGAGAGCUGCGCGCUGCCGGAUAUACUGCUGGUGUCGGGGGGCAUGACGAAGCAGUCGAUUGGUGGAAUGACGGGGUAUGAAGUAGUCAAUAUAGUCCGACGGGAGUUCCAGUUGUCGUUACCCGUGAUCAUAGUGACGAAUGAGGUGACUAACAGUGGUAGGAUGGAGGCUUUGAAGCACUUCGCGAAUGAUGUGGUGUUGAGAGAUGCUGAGAAGGAAGAGCUCAGUGCUCGGAUUCAUACCUUAGUGGUCCGCAAGCUGAUGGAUGACAUUAACUAUGAACGCAAGGUGAACAGAGAGAUGAUGCAGCGAACGCUACCACGGAACGUCCUAGAAAGCGUGAAAAAAAGUGAAGGCAGUCUGGUGGCCAACAAGUUCGAGAGUGUGACAUUUCUGUAUGGUAUGAUGAAGGAGUUCGAUAUUAUCCAAGAAAUCGUGCCCAUCUCCCAACUAUGUGUUCUCCUUAAUAAAAUGACCACAGUUUUCGAUAUUUUCCUGAAGCCACACGACGUUUUUCGGGUGGAAAUGGAUGGUUCGGGAGUGCUCGUGGUGUGUGGUCACGACCGUCAGGAGGAUCAUGUUGAGAAUAUCCUUACUUAUGCGAAGGACGUUCUGGAAGGCCUGAAUCAGUCUAACAUCAAAGUUGCGGGGAAAAGUGUUGAAUUUCUGAUGGGAGUUGCUACCGGAUAUGAGGGGUCGGGCUUGUAUGAAUUUGGAGAGCGAGGGACGUUGGGGGCGGGAGAGUCUGGGCAAGGGGGAAUACGAACGUAUUUACUGAAGCAGUCGGUUGAGGAGGACCUCGCCCAGUAUAAGUCGGGCACGUUGGAUGUAACAUUAAUGAGUGGAUUGGCAGGAGGCUACGGUGGAGGAGGGUCGGCAGCGGAUGCUGUUGCCGAGUUUGAAUAUCAAGUAAAGGAGCUGGAGUACCGUAUAAAGGUUAUGAAGGGCUCGAGUGAAGAGACGCAUAUGUUGGAGACGGAGUUGAAGACUAAGGGGAAAGUGUGUCCAUCUGCUUUGCUCUCUAUCGCCGAGCCUAUUGAGUGCCUGUUGGAGUCGCUGUCAUCAACAGUUGGUGGUUGUAAGGAAAAUUCGGAAGAGCUCGUACCACCAGUGUGCGAUCAGCUGCAGAGUUUGGCGAGUGAGAUGUCCAGUGCGUGUGCGGUGAUAGAUGCGGCGAAUUCAUCGCUGAGAAUCUGCAAUAAAGUGGCCCAGCGAGCUAAUGUUAUGAUCGAUUCCGUUAGUGGUCAAAAAAUGGCGUUGACUGCUGAGCAGGGAGAGUCUAUGGCAGCCAUUUUGGAGGAUGUCAUUCAAGCGGUGAAUAUCGCCUCAGGAGAAAUACCCGAGGGAGAAGGUGAACCUCCGAAUUUUGUGGAAUUGGCUGAUGAAAUGGCGUCGAUCCAGCAAGUUGUUGAGCAGCUCGCGAAUCAGUACUCAACGCUGAUGGUCUUUGUGCAGCAACAAAAAAUGUCGCUGGGCGCUGGUGGAGGUGAUAAUGUGUCUUCGGACGGGAUCUCAUCGGCGGCUAAGAUGAAUAUGUUUGCCACAAAUGGAAUAAGUGGGAGUAAUGUCGGAAUGGACAUGAUGUUACAACAACAGUUGAUGUUCAAGGAUAGUGAGUGCGUGUAUGAGCGAAGAUAUGCGCAGUUGCGCACAGAGAAGAUUUUGGGAGCGCCUGAGUUUGUGAAGGCGUGGUUGGGCGAGGGGCCGUCGGUCGAGUUGCCGGGGUUUGGGAAAUGCUAUCCGCUGGAGUGUUUCGAAUUGGAGGAGAAUAGCGAAAUUAUGGCGGCUCGAUGUAUGUGGUGUAAGAAGAGCGUCUUGAGUUUCAUUCCUGAGAAUUUGUUGCGAGAUCAUGCGGAGUCGAACUUGUGGUUGCCGCGAGAAUCUUGUGGUGGGCGCACGCGGAAGAAUUUGGGUAUCGUCGCUAUUGAAGGUUAUGUGAGUCUGCGGAGUUGGUCAGAAUGGGAAGGCAGUGUUGGUGUUGUUGAAGAGAUAGAACGGGUGUGGCCAGGUGACAUGUCUCGGGGUCUGGCUGGGCGACUUGAAGCUGAUCGUAAAUGGUAUGAUGUAUCUUCCUAUGCAGUGCGGUGCAAGAUCGGAUCUGAAGAUUCUCCCGAUCCUGUUGAUCGAUUUGCAGCUAGGGUCUUUACAACUCGUAAAGACACGGCACGCCAGAGCGAGCAGUGGGCGUCUCGACGCCUGAGAGAAGGCCUGGCCAAGCACCGUGCUGGUGGUAACUUGGACGAGGCGUUGGUAUACUAUGAUUCAGCGUUGAGUCUCAAGCCUGACCACCCUGAUGCCUUAGUGGCUAAGGGAGCUGCCUUGACGAGUAAGGGGAAGUACAGUGAAGCUGUUGAGUGUUUUGAAGGAGCUUUGAGAGUUAAACCUGAUCAUGUAAAUGCUAGAAAAUAUAGAGAGAUUGCUAUUAAGAGGAGUGGGAUGAAAUCGAUCGGCUCGUCUUCGGGUAGUCGAUCGGUGAUUAGUCUGGAGGACGAGUCGGAUACGGAGCGCCCGCGGCACAAGCAUCACCAUAAGAAGAAGAAGCGGCGUACCUGA